UUUUCACCAUCGACCAUGCUGGACAGCCAAAAAAGUAACCAAUAAACAAUUUUAUUUGUUCCAACGAGACGCUCCUCCGAAGGUAAAAUGUUAACAAAUUUGAUAAUAUCUUCAAGUCCGGUGAUGUUAACCACACCAAAGCACCAGAUAUUCAUGAAUAUCUAUGUAUUAAAAAUCUUCCAAUCAUGAUAUCCGAAGCAGAAUAUGAAGAACAAAUAGCCCAUGUUCCCCUACAAGUUAUAUUUUCACAUGAAGCAACAUUCAUAAAGGCCAAAGACAUGGUUUCACCAAUCAUUUUCGACCACCUAAUAAAUUAUUCUUACUUCUGUAUCCUUCCUUUUGGCUUUUCGGGAUCAUUGUGUCGUCUACUGAUAUCUGGUGUCUCAGGGCCAUGGAGUUCUCCGCACAGCUGUAUAAAUAAGAGCUUCUAAAUGACAUUUCUUAGGCAAUGGGAUAUUGUUGAGUAUGGAGGGUAAAGGGAUGGAUGAAGAAGGGGUGAGGACAAGAAGCUUUCGAUAUGAAGAUUACAGCAUCAGAAGAGCGUUCCUAGAGAGCUAUCCUCUUCAGUGGAGAGAAGAUGACGAGAAAAGUGAGGAAACGUCACAGGUCAGUGAAGAGAGCACUGGGAAGAGACCUAUCAAGAAGACUAUCCUAUCUGUGUUUCAUUGGGGAGGAGAGAAGGUUUUCGUCUUGAGGAGAUUCAAGCAGAAGGUCACAGUUUAUGCCAUUGCUUGUAUCCCCAUUCGCGUCAAGGAACCCUCCGCCCUAAUUUCAGCAUGAUUUUCUACCCUCUUCUCUAGUUGCAAAUUUCACAGUUUGCAUCUACACAUAGGUGUAUAUAUUACCAUCAUGAUCAAAUCUUAGCUAUAAGCGAUCAGUAGAGAUCAAUGAUCUAAACUAAUCUUUACCAAGGAAUAAACUUGUGCUAUUUUA